AUGCCUGCUGGUAUGUUCAGCAUCGACAACAUCCUGGCCGCCAGACCCCGCUGCAAGGAGUCGGUCCUGCUGCACCAGAGCGCCGCGCCCGUGGUGUUCUCCAACCUGCAUGGGGACUCCCUCUACGGCACCGAUUACAGCGGAUUUUACUCCCGGGCGGUGACCCCCGCUUCCAAUCUGCCCGCGGUCAGUGGAUCUAGGAUUGCCUACAACAACUACUACUACGGGCAGCUGCAUGUGCAGGCGUCCCCCGUGGGUCCUUCGUGCUGUGGGGCCAUGCAGCCUCUGGGCGCGCAGCAGUGUUCGUGCGUCCCUGCAACAGGCUACGAGGGUACUGGGUCAGUCCUGAUGUCGCCUGUGCCCCACCAGAUGUUGCCGUAUAUGAACGUGGGCACCUUGUCCCGGACUGAGCUGCAGUUACUGAACCAGCUGCACUGCAGGAGGAAAAGACGACACCGAACUAUCUUCACUGACGAGCAGCUGGAAGCUUUGGAAAACCUCUUCCAGGAAACUAAAUACCCAGAUGUGGGCACCAGGGAACAGCUGGCCAGGAGGGUGCAUUUAAGAGAGGAAAAAGUGGAGGUUUGGUUCAAGAACCGCCGGGCAAAAUGGAGAAGGCAAAAGAGAUCCUCUUCGGAGGAGUCAGAAAACGCACAGAAAUGGAAUAAAGCUUCCAAAACGUCCCCAGAAAAGAGGCAAGAAGAAGGGAAAAGUGAUUUGGACUCCGAUAGUUGA